AUGUUCGCCCUCGAAGAACCCAAGUCGAGAAAGCGACAACGGUCCUCACCAGAGCCCGAGGAUUUUGAGCCGGAGCCAGCGAAGAAACAGAAAUCUCUUUCGGAAAACCGUAACCUCCCUCGCCAUCGUCCUCCCAGCUUCUGGGACACGCUGUCCAAAAUUCGAUUGAGUCGCGGCGCUCUCCGGGAGUUUGACCGUAGGAACAUUGAAGAGAAGGUUCAGUCACCUUGCACGAUUACACCGAAGGUCGAAUAUCCCACAGGGCGUGCUCGCCUGCUGGUGAAGAGAUUUGCUCGACGUGGUGGGCCUGAUCUAUCACACCUUCGAGGGCUGGUCAACUUACCUCCUUCGAUCCUCGACAGAAUGAGCGAUUAUACCAGUUCCUCAAGCCGGAAACGGUCUUCAGCCUUCUCGAGGCCGAGUGACUGUACUAGGACCACCUCUACUAAGACCACCCCGUUUAGCGGCAAUUUUAAACGUCUAACACCUAAGCUGGCGAAUUUGUACGAUAUAAAAGCCGCACAGCGCGUCCCUCGGGCAUCUCAGUCACCUUCCCGAUUCACAGAUAAACACUUCAAGGCGUUUAAGCGGGCAAAUACAAGAGCGUUCGGCGAGACUACGAGGAUAUAUAAUGUACUCUCUUUCAUCGCCGGAAAUAAGACGACCCAUCGUUUCGAGGUAAGUCUGCCACUAAGCAACCUAAAACCGUUCGAUAAGGAUCUUAGCGAGCCUAUCCUUAACGUCUACUACGGAGCGGCACUCUCGACCAUCUAUCCGCGCGUCCGUGCUGACUUAGGACCUUACAUUAUUCUAUCGAUGGCCGAUACGACUCGUCCGGCUGCUCCGAACUUCUUCGUCGAGGGCAAGAGCGAUUAA